AUCGAUUGGACAACAUUCAAAAACAAAAACACAACAAACACAAGUCCCUUCGAGAGAAUGCAUUUGUUUCCAUUGCUAUCAGCAAUCUAAGCUUUCAAAUGUUUACAGUCGUGUAAUAAUUCUAGUCCACCUGUCUAUUUAACUUUUAAAAGUGUAAUUUAAGUACUACUUACCUUACAACAAAUGUCGAAACUUCCAAAGGCAGCACUUAGUCUGAAGCAGUUUAUGCUGCGGCAGGAGGUGCUCAAACUCUACCGGACAAUAUUCCGCACUAUCCGCCAGGUGCCGGACGCGAGCAGCCGGCGCGAGUUGCGUGACUGGGCGCGGGCCGACUUUCGCAACAAUCGCAAUCAAACGGACGAGCUGGCGAUCAAGAUGCUGCUGCAGCAUGGCAAUCGUAGCUUGAAGGAGCUACAGACCAGCCUCGAGCUUAGUGGAAGUGGCCCCACCGACACGGCCAGCCAUUCGGACGCAACAAAGCGCAGCUAGGAAUCGCUACCGGCAGAUUGUGCAAAUUUCGUUCGUAACGCUUAGAGUUCGUGUAUUGAUUGUUCAUAGUUGUUAGUUCAAUAAAUUACAACCGCCCGGCUAGCGGCUGCUCAGAGCAACUGAAGAAACUGA